UUUAGUCUCGCGACGUUGACUCGACUGACCGGCCGCACACGCCGCGCACACAUCGCACACGCACGUCGUACGUCGCACCGCGCACACGACGACCGACGGCGACACUGGCUGCAACCGCGCAGGUAUACACUUGUACACCGCAUACCAUAUACCGAACCCGCGCCCAUCGUCAGUCGACCGCGAUCGCGCAUUCGUUUUCGGCACGUCCGUACCGCCGCGUAACACAAACGAUAGGUAAAUAUUUAUUAUUAUUCGUAUCGUCACGACGACGGCACAGAUGAGAAGCGAUAAUAAUAUGGUCCGCGAGACGACGACGACGGCCGCUGGCGCUCGCCUUUGAUCGGCAGUCCGACGAAAUCGCGGUCCGUUCCGCACGACGGUUGUAUUUCCGAGCGUUUUUCCGGCGCGUUCGUGAGACGUCCGACAAUCGUACCCGAAGAAUAUCAAAUUAUUUUUUUCGGGAUCGCGGUAUAUACCGUGACGCUCAGAUAUACAGUAUAGGUGCUGCCUUCUUGCAUAGGACGUCCACGCGCGUUUUUCGUUUCGCCGCCCGUAUACGGUAACGUUAUAUACCACUCGAUACCGGUGCAGAUAAUAUGAUAAUGGGUACGGCCAACCAGGAACAGCAUCCCGCCAGCGCGAUCAAAAAGCCCACGGACUUUUCGAUCGACGCUAUUAUGCGCAAAGAUGACGCCGCUGCCGCUGCCGCCGCCACUGCUGCCGAUUCGAGACACAACAUCAUGUUCGGCACUGAAGGCGAAGGUUCGAUGGGCGGGACCGAAGAUUUGGACAUUGAAGUGGACGUUGUUGAGACUUCGGAACCGGAAGACUUGGCCGCUAACCGCUAUCACCGGCGAUCUUCUGUGGACGCAGGAAACGGAAAGCAUAAUGGAUCGACUAGUGGUUCAAAGAAAAAGAGAUCUCGAGAAACGGUUAGCGCUUCGUCCGAAGACGGUGACCGGACACCGCCCCCACACGAUUCUGCACAGGCUACUUCUAAGAAUCUGGCAACUAUGUUGGCAAAAUGUACCAGUCCAGAUUUAGCAUCUACGGAAUGCUACCUCGAGUCCGUUUCAAAAGAGCUCUGGUCCAAAUUUCACGAACUGGGCACGGAAAUGAUCAUCACCAAAACUGGAAGGAGGAUGUUCCCUACGUUGCGCGUGUGCUUCCGGAAGUUGGAUCCAAACCAAAAGUAUUCGGUACUCAUUGAUAUCGUGCCAGUGGACAACAAACGGUACCGGUACGCUUACCACAAAUCGUCGUGGUUGGUGGCAGGUAAAGCCGACCCACCCGCUCCACACCGGCUGUACACGCACCCUGACUCGCCGUUCACAGGCGACCAGCUGCACAAGACAUUUGUUUCGUUCGAAAAAGUCAAGCUCACCAACAACGAGAUGGACAUCAGCGGACAGAUCAUUUUGAACUCGAUGCACAGAUAUCAGCCCCGGAUACAUCUGGUCAAGUGGAGGGGCAUGGUGACCGAUUUGGACGCUGAAAAGUACCGGUCUUUCGUGUUCCCAGAAACCGUGUUCACAGCCGUCACGGCUUAUCAAAAUCAACUGAUAACGAAAUUGAAAAUCGACAGCAACCCAUUUGCCAAAGGAUUCCGUGAUUCUUCGCGACUAGGAGAACUCGAAAGAGAUCCCGUGGACUUGAUGUUCCUCGAACACCAGUACAACCAGCACCUGCUCAGCCGGGCGGCCACGCCGAUGUUCUGGCCGACGUCCCAGGACGGCGGCGUCGUCCAUCCCGGCCAGCAGGCGGCCAUGGAACAGCACCAUCAGCACCAGCUGAACCAGCAGCAACACCAACUGCAGCAGCAGCAGCAGCAACAACACCACCUGCACCAUCAGCAUCAGCAACAGCAGCACCAGCAGCAGCAACAGCAACAGCAACAGCAGCAACAGCAACAGCAGGACCAGAGCAACGGCGGCGGCAACUCGGGAUUCAUGUUGGCCGCCGCGGCCGCCGCCCGGGCGCAGUUCCACAUGCUGAACAACGCCGCGGCCGCGGCCGCUGCGUCGGGCGGCGGACGAUCGCAGCCCGGCGGCGGCGGCGGCGUCGACGGCAACGGCGGCCCCGGCGGACCGGCCGCCCAGCACUAUCAGCACUCGGCCGCGGCCGCGGCGGCCGCUGCGGCCGGCAUGCACUCGCUGAUAGUGUACGGCAACCAUUUCCAACAGUCUCAGUCGCGUUUCGCCGCGGCCGCGGCCGCAGCAGCGGCGGCCGCCGCGUCGUCGUACCCGGGACCGCCGCCCCCGCCGCACCCGUCGUCCAUGUUCGCGUGGCCGCCGCAGUCGCAGUACCCGAGGUACGUGUCGGCCGCUUUCCAACCGCCGCCGCCGCCGCCCAUGCAGCAGCAGCAGUCCGCGGCCCCGUCGUCCACGGUGGGGCCGCCGCCCCGGUCGCCGUCGCAACCGUCGCCGCUCCAGCUCCAGCCCCCGCCGGCGCCGCUGCCGCUCCAACUGCAGCAGCCGUCCGCUCCGUCGCCUUCGUCGCCGCCGUCCACCGCCGCCGCGGCCGUCGUCCACCACCACCGGUCGUACAGUCCGGCGCGAACGCCGCCCGGCGGUUCGUCGUCGGCCGAGUCGCUGCCGUCGCCGGACGUGGACGGCAGGUCGGCCACCAAGUACCAGAAGCGCCGUUCACCGUCGGCCGCCAGGUAUUCGCCGUUGUUCGACGCCGCCGCCAAACCGGACGAAUCGUAAUUCCGUUUCCGGUUUUCGAUUGUUUUUUUUUCUGUACAAAAAUUUCCCCGCCAACCUCCCCACCUCCCACCCACCAUCCCUACAACCCUCCUCGUCCUAACCCGUUUUGUAAAUAUGUAUUGUAUCAUAUAUUUU